GGAAACCGCGCCAACACAGGGAGGUGGGACUGCAGUGUGACGUCACUGCUGCUUUGCAUAGCCACCAUCUUCUCGCUCCUGAUUGGACGGCCGUCGCACAUAAUCUGCAUUUCUUUCUUGCACACGCUUUCACUUCAAUUCGGUGCCCGGCUUCUCCUGUGUCACUUCCCCGCCGCGGGCACAGCCUUCCAGAAGCGGAGCACACGCGGACGGACGGCAAGAGGACAUUGAAGUGUAAGAGGAACUACUCACUCAAGGUGCUGAGGUUGAGCCCCUGGUUUUUAUUUUACAACAUCGGCAACAUCUGCUCCUACACUUCAGGAGGGAAUGAAACCGGAUGGUGUUACCAUGGAAACCACAGAACCAACAGCAGAAGCAAAUCCUUCCUUACCACAGGGUAACGAACCUCAACAAGACUCUCCCCCAUCAGAACCACAGGAAGCUGCUGGUCAGGAGGCUACUCGUAAGACAGCAAAAGAUCCAGAAGUCAAACCAAAAGCUGUCUCUAAAAAGCAGCCCAGUGUUAAGAACGCUGGAACAUCUGUAUGUAACCCACGGCCAGGUGCUGCCCCGGCCUCCAUGGUGAAUGAUGCAAAAUCCUCUCACAAUCGUUCUGCAAAGACUGGCGUGGCAGUGACAACAAAAACCUCUACAACGAAAGCUUCAGUGGUAGGAGCAGUGCCGAAAAGACCAGCAGGAGGCGCGGUAGCAUCUUUUACAGUUAAGAACCAAACAAGGGUACCUGACAAGAUGUCUGGACCUGCUUGGACCACCUCUGCUGCUGCUACAGUAACAAAUGGGAGGAAAGCAACAACGGCUAGCAGGAGACCAGCAGCCGAGACUGUUAACGAGCCCAAACCCAAAAGUACAUCUGCUGCCAGCAGAUCAGCUGUUACCAAUGCCCCAAAACCCAGCACUUCAGCCGCAUCAAAAACUGAUGGUAGCAGCCUUUCAAAGACCACCAGGCCUGUUGCAUCUCGGCCUGCAUCUGCUAUGACCAGGCCCACCAAAGCUACAACCAAACCCUCUACCAGUGUAUUGGCCAAAACUGCAGCCCCCAGAGUUACUACAGCACCCUCUAGUGGCCGAACCACAACAGUACAGUCUUCCAAACCCACUGCUGUUAAAGAUGUCUGUCAACCGCAUUCUGCUACAGUGGCCAAGAAACCCGCAACAUCAGCUGCUCCCAAAAAACCUGAAGCCUCAAAAACCCAGGCACCACAAAGCUUAACUCUGCCGCUAAAAAACCUAUGUCAACGCAGGGUAGCAGAUCCAAGCAAUCCAAAACUCAAGACCCACUGAAGCUUACUAAAAAACCUGCUGUAACCACUGCUCAAGUCCGUGCUGUUAACAAGCAGCCAUCGGGCCGGCCCCCACUUGCUUUACCAGUCAACAAACCUACAGUCAGCAACUCUCAGGC